AUGUUGGCCCUCAUGGCUGCCGGCUCCGUCUUCUUCCCGGGACUCUUCCUGCUGACCAAACAGACUCUGAAACAUAUUAUGGGAUGGAGGGAGGGGGACGCUGCCAUGGUAUCCACACGUCUGGUGUCCUCCGUCCAGGCCCUGAUGGCGUCCUCGGCCGGAUGGAUCAUCGCCUCGUCCUGCAGGGACAUCGUGGAGGACAGUCACUGGCUGACCGACACCUACAUCCUGUUCGCCACGCCGUACUUUGCCUACGACAUCUACGCCAUGUUCCUGUGCUACCGGCACAAGCUGCAGGUCAAAGGUCACGAGGAGGGGGGGGCUGCUGUGGCUGGGUACCUGCGCAGAGAGAAGCUCAUGGUGCUGCAUCACGUCUUCAUGGUGGCCUUCUGCUUCCCUGCAUCGCUGCUGUGGCGGCAGGGGAAAGGUGAUUUCUUCCAGGGAGUUUUGUUUCUGGCGGAACUCAGCACACCGUGCGUCUGUCUGGCCAAAGUCCUGAUCCAGUACAAGCAGCAGCACACUCUGCUGCACAAGGCCAACGGCGUCCUGAUGCUGCUCACCUUCUUCAGCUGUCGCGUGUUACUCUUCCCGUACCUGUACUACGCCUACAGCAGGUAUGCAUCUAUCUCGGUGUAUGCCGUGCCCCUGGUGGCCCCGUGGCAGUGUAACCUGGGGGCCGGUCUGCUGUGGCCCUUGCAGCUCUACUGGUUCACGCUGAUCUGCAGAGGAGCUCUGCGUCCGUCCGUCCCGGGAGGAAGCUCAACGCCGGCGUUUAAAGACGAGCGCGGCGGCUGCCUGACCACGAGGAACUGCUGCAGGUCUCAUCAGGAGGACGGACACUGA